UCCAUGAAGGAACAUGUGCAAGAACCUGUGUUGAUGGCUUCGAAGCAGAGCACAUGCAUACAUCCUGGUAUCCUCGCUAAACGGACCUGGUCAAAUUCUCCUUUCCCUGGAAAUUGAAUUACACAAUUCCAAAGUUACCCAAUCCCACAAAAAGCAGGGGAAGGAACUGCAAAACCACCACCGUCUUCAAAGAAACCGCUGUGUGUAUUGGGAAAGUCAGCUGCUAUCCAUCUGCCUGGGGGUCUCCCAGUUUGAAAUCUGGUAGAAGACAGACACCCAGUGUAAACAGCCCAAGCUUGGUUGGCCUGGGGAAUUCAUUUUCUUCAUUCUGAAUAAGAACGUUUUGCAAACAAGCAGAUUAAAAUGAGUUUAUUGAUCCUGGUCAAGCAAACAUGGCGUCGGGGGUCACUGCCCAACGUGCCCCAGGGACCCUGGCCUAUGAAGAUUACAGUCUGUACAGCAGCCUCAGCGACGAUGAACUCAUGCAGAUGGCCAUAGAGCAGAGCCUGAUGGACAUGCCUAGACCAGCAGCUGCCCAGAGCCUUCAGAAGCCAACAACAACAAGAAGGAGCCAGCCAGCAGCAACUGGAGAGGCAGCUGAACACAGAAGACCUAACAGAGCCAACCUACAAGCCCCCACUGCUUACCCUCCCAGUGCACAUCUUCAACCCACUGGGACAGAUACUGCACUCAGUGCAUUUAUCACUGGAAACGGAAAGCAAUGUGUCUCCUGGAGAAGAUACGACGGGAGCAUUUUCGUAACCGAACAAGUCUACGAACCAAAUCCUGUUGCCUCAGCGAUCAUGCUUGGAGAUGUAGACACACUGACCAAGAUCAUGAAAUCUGGAAAAAAUAUGGCUGAAGCAGACAAGGAUGGCUGGCUACCUCUCCACGAGGCUGCAUAUUAUGGCAAACUUGACAUUUUAAGAAUGUUGCUGAGAGCUUACCCAGGGACAGUUGAUAAACGCACACUGCUUGAGGAAACACCUCUGUACUUAGCGACCAUCAGAGAGAACACUGACUGUGUACAGUUCCUGUUAGAGUCUGGAGCAGAACCCGAUAUCGCAAACAAGUCCAAGGAAACACCUCUCUACAAAGCUUGCGAACACAAGAAUGCAGAAAUUGUGAGACUGCUGGUGAGGUUCAAUGCUGACAUUAACCAUCGCUGUAUCCAGGGCUGGGCAGCCCUCCAUGAAUCUGCCACUAAGGAUAGCAUAGAGAUCGCUGAAAUCCUGGUGCAAGGUGGAGCCAAGAUCGAAGCCACCAACAUCUAUGGGGUUACACCUCUUUUUGUUGCAGCACAGAGUGGAAACGUUGGGCCUUUGCGAUACCUUAUAUCAUUGGGUGCGGACGUCAACACCCAGGCCAGUGACAGUGCCACUGCUCUGUAUGAAGCCAGUAAAAACGGACAUGAUGAGGUUGUGAAGGUUCUCCUUUCUCAAAACGCUGAUGCCAACAAACCCAGCAAGCAUGGGUGGCUGCCACUUCACAUAGCGGCCCAGUGUGGAACUUAUGGAAAAAAGCUGUAUUACAAUGAGGUGGGCAGAACUGAUGAACAGGUUAAGAUCAUCUCAAUGCUGAUUCCCGUUACCAGUCGUGCACGAAUCAGGCGUAGUGGAAUCAGCCCACUGCACCUGGCUGCUGAGCGGGACCGAGACGAUGCCCUGGAGCUGCUGAUCAAUGCUGGAUUUGAUGUCAAUGCCAUGCUGUCUCAUGAUCGCUCCCUGCUAUACGAAGAUCAGCGUAGCACCCCACUCUAUUUUGCUGUCAGCAACCAAAACAUAAAUGCCAUAGAGAUGCUUUUGGAGGCUGGAGCCAACCCCAACAUUGACAUGAUCAACCCUCUGCUGGUGGCCAUCCGUCAGGGAUGCAUCACCUCCAUGAAGCUUCUUGUGGAACACGGGGCCAACAUUGACUGCUACAUCCCCACUCAUCCCACCUCCUUCCCAGCUACCAUCAUGUUCUCCAUGAAGUACCUCAGCCUGCUGAAGUUUAUGCUGGACCUUGGCUGUGAUGCAGACUCUUGUUUUAACUGCCAAUAUGGAAGUGCACCCCACCCUGUGCUUCCAACCACCAGGAGCUAUGAUGAACCUAGACAGGCCUCUGCACCCAGGAUAGUGCAGUUCUGUGAGAUGGUUUCCACACCAGACAUAAGUCGAUGGGCUGGGCCAAUUAUUGAUGUCCUUCUUGACUACGUGGGCAACGUGACACUGUGCUCCAAGCUGAUAGAACACUUGGAUAGCUAUGAAGACUGGGCUGUGAUCAAAGAAAAAUCCCAGCUCCCGAGAAGUCUUUUACACCUCUCCAGACUAAAGGUCCGUCAGAUAUUAGGGAAGGGACGACUGAAGCACCUCAACACUUUGCCAAUUCCUGAAAGAAUGAUUCGAUACCUGGAUUACAACAACCCCAUGGAAAUCUAAAGAAGAUCUCUUAUGACGGGAAGCUGUGCUGCUAACCAGCAGAUACUGAAAACAACGGUGUCAUAAACACUGUGAACAGGAAAACACCCCAUAAACAAGCAGUGAUCUGUUUGGCCCUGUUACACAUGGCACAGGAUAAGAGACUAUGAUCAGCUACAGCUACAGUGUUGCCCAUGUAUGACAUUUGCAGUAACAUAUCUAACUGUUCUACUCGUGCUAAGCCGCUGUACCAAACUUUACCACGAAGGUGGGUUUUUUAGAGAGUGCUCUGAAAGUUUUUUUGUGGUUUUUUGGUUCUGUCAGUUUUGCUGUUCGUUUUUUCUAACACAAUUAAUUGCACUUGUGGAAUGCAAAGGGGUAUAUACGUUAUUUAAUAAUUAAUGUAAUAUCUGGGGGGUAAUAGCUAGAUCCUUAACAAAACCAGGUGCAUUACAACUAUUGAUGAUUUUAAACUUUAAUAAUGUGAUUAUUGUCCUAAUUUAGGAUUAUAAUGUAGUUGUAGCGAAGUUAAACUAUGGAUAGCUUGUCCUAAUUUAAUAUAUCAGUGAACCACAGCAAAAAGUCUAAUUAUGUUAACAAUCAAAAUAUUUGAGUUAAACACCAGACCGCUAUACAGUAAUACAAAAUAAUGUGAAACAAAAUAAGAAGAGCUUAAUAUUGGAUUUUACCAAUAUUAAGCAAUAUUAAGAUCUUUGGCCAGGUUUUUGAGUAGUAUUUUUUAGGUUAUCACUUUCAUGAUUUCCAAUGUAUUGGCCUUUACUUAGUCACAUACCCUUACAGUAGCUUCCAGAAUAUUCUUUUGCCAGUGUGAUAAGAAAAUAUAUUUUUAGCCGACAUUCGAGACAGUAUCUGGCUAACUAUGAAGGCUUUGCAAGCAAAGCGCUGUUACUUUAAAUCGUUAUAUUGAGUGUUAUGUUAAUGUACCACUGAAAUUGUGAGUUUGUAUGAAUAUGGUUUUAAAUGAGCAUGGAACAUAUUUUGCCAGCCAAAUAAUCACCUGUGUAUGAACUUUACAAGAAUUAAACAUUUAUUUUUAAAAAUACUAAAAAUGCUAAUGAGGAAUUGGCAUGGGCUUUAGGCUUGUCAGUGUGCUAAUUUAUUUGAAAUGUCUAUGAGGAGACAACAUGGUACUUUAGGAAGCUGUGUGUUUAGUUAAGGUAUUGCAAUAUUAGGGGGUUGUGCAAAUUCAUAGUAAGCAGUGUAAUGUUAUAAAAGGCGAGUAAUAUUUUUUAGUAUUAAUAGUAUUAAUAUUUAAUAGUAUUUUGGAAGGCAGUAUAAUAGGAGGCUGUGUGGUCCAGUGGUUAAAGAAAAGGGCUUGUAACCAGGAGGUCCCCGGUUCAAAUCCCACCUCACCCACUGACUCAUUGUGUGACCCUGAGCAAGUCACUUAACCUCCUUGUGCUCCGUCUUUCGGGUGAGACGUAGUUGUAAGUGACUCCGCAGCUGGUGCAUAGUUUACACACCCUAGUCUCUGUAAGUCGCCUUGGAUAAAGGCAUCUGCUAAAUAAACUAAUAAUAAUAAUAAUCUUAUAGGAAUGGUGAGAAAAUAUAGAAAGCAGAGGAUAAGUGGAGGACCGUGAGGAGGUUGGUAUGAGCUUAGUCCCAGUCACUUGGACCUCACUUUGUGAUUGGUGGGAUGUUUGUUUGAUGAGGACGGAAGUUACAGUAAAUGUUUAAAUUGAUAUAAAUGAUCCUGGGUUGAUUAUUUCAGAAAAAGGCCCACUGCUUGAGUGCCAUUUGUUGGAUUUUAGUUUAUACAUAGACUUUGGCCUCAAACCUGCUCGACCAGGAGUCUAUUGCCUGGUCCUACGUUUGGUAGAGAUACAGGUAGACUUAGGUAGCUACAAGGGUGUAAGUAAAAAGUAAGACACUUAGUUACCUUUCACUGUUCUGGUUCAUUAGGAAGGUUGGUGGCUGUCCCUCAUUCUGAACUUUAAAACAUAUUUUGCACAAAUUCAACAAGUUUUAAACACAGACACAUGACGUGAGACACUGCAGCUCUACGCUUCUAAUGUUGUUUACAUGUAAAUAACAUCAUAGGUGAUUAUUUUAAGCCCAAGGUAAUAGAUGUACUGAAUUCUUGGAUUGUUCAUUUUAAAGUCACACAUAUUGUAAUAGCUUGGUGAAAUGGUACUGUUAUUUUAGUAUCGACACAAUUAAAGGGCUAAAGUAUUGCAUGCAAACAUUACAAGAACUGUGCCAAAAAGGGCAAAAUAACAUUUAAAAAGAUAUAUUUUUAAUGUUGUAUUUCAUACUUUUAUAAUCCUGCAUUGAUUUGAGAAAAUAUUAUUUUGAAUUGUAAGGUGUUGCGCACAGUGGUUCCAAAGACGUAUGUACCGUAUGUAUAUUGUAAAAAUAUAGUGGCUGAAAUGGUUGUAUUUAUUAAGGUGGAACUACUGAAAGCUGUUUUUAUGUGCAAUCCAAUAUUGUGCAUUACAUUACAUAAUUUGUUGAGAGUGUGAAAAGUAAAGAUACGAAUAUACUGUGAUAUAAAUGAAUAUCUGAAGUAA